AGAGUUGACGUACAAUAGGAUGUCAAAGGCUCUAACGUCAAAUGUUCAUUAACUUAUUUUGUAGAAGUUAAAGGAAAAUUGUUUUCCAUUAACCAAAUAAAACAAGUAUAGGACAUGUAGUGUUUUAUAAAUCUUCGUAUUUAAGGUGCUGUGUAUUUUUUGUAUUUAACUCAAUUAAUUAUGGCUUCUGGUGAUAUCAUUGACUGUAUAGAAAUUGCAGAAACUUCCUUCUCUCCAGCUGGUUCAAAAGAAGUAAAUAAGGACUAUGAAAACCAAAGAGACGAAAAAAUGGUCACUGUGACCUUCGACAAAUUAGAAAAUCAAGAUGUUUCACAAAUUAGACAAUAUGGCGCAAAAUAUAGGAUUCCAAAAUCUAAAUUUGAAAGGGAAAAGGACCGUGAAAGGAAAAUUGGACAUCGAAGAGUGGGUGUUGGCGGAGAAAUUACUUAUAAAAAAAUUGAAACCAGACAAAUUAUGGGAUCUAUUCAAUUGGGUAUCCAACAUGCAGUUGGCGGACUUGCGUCAAAACCAGAACGUGAUUUAUUAAUGCAAGAUUUUAUGACUGUCGAAACUACUACAUUUCCUAGUGAAGGUUCAAGUCAUACUCCGGCCCAUCAUUAUUCAGAAUUUAAGUUCAAAAAUUAUGCUCCAAUUGCAUUUAGAUACUUUAGAGAAUUGUUUGGUAUACAGCCUGAUGAUUUUUUGAUGUCGAUGUGCAGUUGUCCCUUAAGAGAAUUAUCUAAUCCAGGAGCAAGUGGUUCCAUAUUUUACUUGACCGAUGACGAUGAAUUUAUUAUUAAAACAGUUCAACAUAAAGAGGGAGAAUUUUUACAAAAAUUACUUGCAGGUUAUUACAUGAAUUUAAAUCAAAAUCCUAGAACAUUGUUACCGAAGUUUUUCGGUUUAUAUUGUUAUCAAUGUAAUAGCAAGAAUAUAAGAUUGGUUAUAAUGAAUAAUUUAUUACCAAGUUGGGUAAGGAUGCAUCAAAAGUAUGAUCUCAAAGGAAGCACCUAUAAAAGAAAAGCUUCAAAGUCAGAACGUCAGAAAAGAUCGCCGACCUAUAAAGAUCUAGAUUUUAUGGAACAUCAUCCUGAAGGAAUCCUUAUGGAAGCAGAUACCUAUACAGCACUUGUUAAAACAAUCCAAAGGGACUGCAGAGUCUUAGAAAGCUUUAAAAUUAUGGAUUACAGUUUACUAGUUGGUAUACACAAUUUAGAUCAAGCGCAACGGGACAAAUUGGAACAAAAAGCAAUUGCCGCAAAAUUGGGCGAGGAGAAUUACGAUGCAGAUGCAGAAACUGAUUUUAGUGCUGCAUUGGUAAAUAAUGAACGGGAAAGAGAGAAAGAAGAUAGGCUUGGUGCCGCUGCGCUAAAUAGGACCAGAUCAAUUAAUAGGCAACGGCUUGUAGCACAUUCCACUGCAAUGGAAAGUAUUCAAGCUGAAUCUGAACCAAUUGAUGAAGAAGAUGAUGUACCGCCUGGUGGAAUUCCAGCUAGAAAUGCAAAGGGAGAACGGUUGUUACUUUUUGUGGGAAUUAUAGACAUUUUACAAAGCUACAGACUAAAAAAGAAGCUAGAACACACUUGGAAAUCAAUGAUUCAUGACGGUGAUACUGUUUCUGUCCACCGGCCUAGUUUCUAUGCUCAAAGAUUUCAAGAGUUUAUGGCUAAACAAGUUUUUAAAAAAAUACCAUCACUGGAUUUGCCAGAGGUAAAGGGCAAUCAUCGCAAGUUUCGUACUCUGGUUACCAGCUAUAUAGCUUUAAAGCAUUCUCCUUCCAAGCGGAAAUCAUUGUCCAGGCCACUAAGGUCUUACGAGGAAGCAGACAAUAAUACUAACAUGCAAACACAAACCACCUCUAACCAUCAAAAUGGAAAUAAAAUUGCUUCUCCCAUUGAAAUAUCGUUACCCACGAAUAUAAACUCUCCAACUAUAGUUCCACCAAUCGUUACUUCCGUGCCUGUUUCAAUAAGUUCACCUCCUGUAUCCUCAUAUCCUUCUAUUCUUGUUGGUAGACACACUACAAAUAAUAUUGACCAUAAGCAUAAAGUGCCCCCUCCUGUUCCUCCUCGAGGAACACCAAAGACCAAAAAGGCUGAAAGCGGCGGCAAAGGUGUAGUUCCAAGCUGCUGCAGUACUCCUCCUCCUGCCUUUGAUGAGGUGAUAGAGCAAACUGCCACAGUCUCUUCAGCAACAACUUUACCGUCAUCUACGCCGGCAAGGUCGCGAUUGGGAUCUCAUACUUCUCAUCAUUCCUCGCAUCAUGCUACUAGUAACAGAGGUUAUCACGAGGACACUGUCAGUAUAACAGAUAUACGAUUGGAGUCUCGUGCUGAAAAUAAAUCAUCUUUAAGUGUAGAAUCUGGUAGUUCGGGUGCUGGACAUUCGAGUCAUUCGCGUGGUUUGGCUUGGACACCGCCGGCAUCUGUGGAAGGUUCAACACCUACUUGGACAGAAGGUACACCUUCAUUUACGGAAUCAUCUAGUAGCGGCGAUAUUGGAACCUCUACUUAUAAUGGAAAAUUAGUUAAUGGGUGUGCAGGCUGUCCAACAACACCUGUCAGGCAGGUUUCUUUAGCGGCGGCCACUACAUCGGUUCAUCGUAAAGAGACAGUGGAACAAGCACUAAAUUGCCUUACUUCUGAAAUGUAUUGGUAGCGAAUUUUUGUGGCAUUUUUAAUUUUAAAUAGAUCCAUUACCAAAAACUUAUUGAUGCUAUUUAAAAACCUGGUGAUGCACAUUGUGUUGUGAAUUUACAAAUGCACAUUGUAAAUCAGUUGCUAUUACACUGUAAGGAAACAUAUUGAAGCUCGACUCAAAAUUUCAAUAUAUUUCCAACAUUUUAAAGCACUAGAAAUUUUACAGCUCGUCUGUGUACACAGUUUAAUUAGAACAAUGUGAUGUGUCUCUUAUUUGCUAAUUAACGGCGCUUCGUCUUUUUACUAACUGUCUCCAAUCGUUGUAUUGGCUUUUGUUUUAAUUGAGGUAUGUAGUGUCUGACCAUGCUAUAAAAAGUAACCACAUUAAUAAUGACUAGUUUUUAGUUCAAUGUGAUAAUUUUUAAUUUUAGUUACCUUUUGAGCAAUAUUUUCUCGUUUAAUUUAGUAAGUAAGGUAGUUUCAUUAACAAUUUUAGCUGUGUACACUGACGUUUUCCCUUGUAAUUCAUGCUUGCUCUCCCAUUGGACCAUUAGGAACAACUGAAGCAUCGAGUGGAUAGUGAUUACCACUGAAAAAUGUGUUGGUGUAAUAACACACUGAUAAUCAUCUAAGUUUUUUCUUGUUUGUAUUAACUAAAAAAAAUGGUUUUAAUGAAUGGCAUGGUGUGGCUAACUAACCUCUUUAUUUAAUUUUACACUUUAUGAUAAUUUUUUUUAGACAGUUUCAAAACACCAUUUUUAUAUGUGGAAAAACUGGUGACCAUCGCCUUCCGCUUAAAAGCAUUUUUUAGUAUACCAAUUGAUUACUAGUAUAAUAAAAAGAAGUAUUUAUUAGUUUGCGUUUUGUAAAGUGUAUCGAACCUUAACGCGGUAGUUGUUACUACAAGUCUGUGUUAAUUCCCCAUUUGAAACUUUGUGUAACAAAAUGUUAUUUUUCAUUUUUUUUAUAUGAUAGAAAACACAUAAUUAUAAAUACAAUUUUAACGCUCUACUUAAAUGGACACUAAUAAGUGAUAAUGAGAUUGUGAACCAUGUACAACUCCUUGACUUAUUGUGGCCCUAACCUUUUGCUUCUGAAUUUCAUAUGUGAUCACUUAUUUCUCAUAUUCGUAUCAACAAUUUUUUUUUGUAAAUUGUACAGUAAAGCAAUAGUGUCUGUUGUUUAUAUAUUUAGAGAUAGUUGGCGGAUUGGCAAGUUGGUUUAAACUUUAAACAAUUAACUAUUUGGUUUGUUGUCACCUAAGGCUAGACAACAAAGCAUUGCGAACCAAGUAGUUAUCUAAUUUUCUAAACCCAACUGCAAACUCGAUCUCUAAAUUGUACAAUAAUUGUCUGUUACACUAUACUUAAUUAAGGUAUGAAUCAUUAUAAAGGUAAUGAACUGUGGCAAGUUAGUUUUCAUAAUUUAUUUAUUUUCUAAAGUGGAAGAAAAUGAAAACGUAAUUAAAUUUAUCAUUUAAAAGUUAUAGUGAUUUGUACAGCAGACAAAGUCAUUCAAUGUAAUUUUACAUGGAAUCUCGUCUAACUACUCUAGUGUAAGAUAAUUGCAUUGUUUACAAUUUUCAUACCCUAACUGAAGCAUACCAAAACAACUUGAAAUAUUACAACUGGCAUAUAAACGCUUAUCUCUAUGUAAACUGGAACAGCAUUUUGUAGAUGGAAUAUGUGUUUAUUAUAUUGAGCAUUACUCCAUUUUUGUGGCAUCCCUCACCUGUAUUUUUUAGUACCUCUAAAAAAGGUGCCAUUCUCAAAUCUUACUGAAUAGAAAAGUGGACAAUGUUAUGCAUUUUUGGAUGGAAGAAACGUGUACACUAUUAACACUCCACGCUGUUGUCUGUUUUUCUAGAAACAACCUUUAUAAUUAAAGUCUCUUCUACCUAAGCUUCAAAUUAUCGCAAACAAACAUACCAUACUUGGCAAUAAAAAAACAAUAUCAUGUUAGUUGUAGUCUUCUAUACCUAAGCGCUACUUUUUUUACAUUAUAGUGUAUAGAAUUAUAGAUGAUUAUAGUUGCGAGAGACAAGAUUUUCUUGCUUUGUCAACUCCUGUCUUGGUCCUUAGUUAGUUCC